CGUCACGGUUUAGGUUGCACACAUGCAGCCAUCGCUCAUCGUAAGGUCUGGACGGUCUGCCUGGAAAGGACCAUACUUCGUGGCUUUUCCAAACUUACGGGAAGCCCUCACAAAUAAUGUGUCCAUAAAAACACAGGCGCGAUCGUGUACCAUUCUGCCAAAUUUUGUGGGUUUGCGGUUCAUGGUGCACAACGGCAAAGACUAUUUGCCAGUGACGGUCACACAGGAUAUGGUUGGCCACAAGUUGGGAGAAUUUGCUCAUACGAAGAAGAGGUUCACAUACAAGAUGACCAAAAACAAGUAAUUUACCACCCGCUUCUUAUGUAUCUAUAAAAUCCCACUACUGUGAAAUAAUAUGCAAUUUGGUUUUACAGA